AAGUGCGGAAGGGUUAAUUCCGUUCGUCGUUGAUUUGUUCGUAUUCGUCGUCUCGACGGUGUCUCUCUCUGAGGAGCUUGCCAUCGUCGCUGGAAACGCGAGUAUUUAUAAACUCAUAAGGACAUAACUAAGAAGAGCGGCGCCUUUGAGGAUAAGCAGGUGGAUCUAUAUUUACUAUCCGAUACCGCUGAUAAGGGAUUAGAAAGGGGAUGUGGAUCGGCCGUUAGCUCGUGGCGAAAGGCGUCGGAGUCGUGUGGGGCGGGUGCGUCGAAACUCCGAGACUCGAGAAGAACCCCUAUCGAUCGAUAGCGACGCCUGUGCAGUGAGCGAGCCCGAACCACGAUCGACGACCGUAAAGCCCGGGGGAAACAAUCGCAUCAUCGUCCUUUCGACGUAGCUUGCGCUCGGCGUUGUGUGCGACAAAACGUGUUGCCAGUGUCGCUCUCGUUAUUCCGUUCCGUGUGUGUUCUCGCCCAGUGACUCCGUGAUCCGCAUCCUCCUCGUUUCGUUCUCUCCUCGACUCGCCGUGCGAAGAACCGCACGGCCCGCCUUGGACACGCCGUUCCAGCUGCAACUGGCGACAGCGCCAACGGAAACCUGCGAUGUCAUGUGGCUGAGGGGAUGCGACACAGUAGAUGGACACAUCGGCAGAGCGGUUUAAUACGGAUAUAAAACGACAAUCGCUCGAAAAACAUCUUCAGCGACGAUUCUAAGGCCGCAUGCGUGCGUGAUAUAAGUGGUGGACACAAGCGCUUGGCUUUGCUUAGGAUCGUAGAGACCGCUGCGUGGAAUUAAGUGUGGAUGAUAAUUACUGGGAAGGAGAUAAGUGGCGAGAGACGAGCCGCCACGCACGACGUCGGCACUUGAUUGCGAGAUCCUCCGUCAGCCGUACGUCCCGAUCGUGUGAAUCGUACAGUGGGAAAUUCUUUUCAACCUGAUCAUCAUCAAUAAUACGCGAUAAUGUAGCAGCGUUACGUCUCAAUCAUCAAGGCGAUUCGGGGAGCAGGAAGAUUGUCAGGUGCUCAGAUGUAAUCGACAAGUGACACUCGUCACACUGGCAACGUGGAACGAGCUCUCAGAUGUCCAGUGUAACGUAGACUCGCCGCUACGCCAAUUUCUGGGAGAAAUUGGAACGGUCGAAAGCAGCGAGCGGAAAAUGUCCGAGAGCGAGACGAAGCCGGCCUCGCCGAUACCUACGGUCACGUGCGCGCAAUGCUGUGCCAGCGGCGGUCUAGCUACCUCGCAGUGUCCAACUCUGCAGGUGACCUCGCGGAUGCUGCGCUCGCCGAGCCACGAGAGCGUCACCACCGAUCUGUCGCUCUUCAGCGUGUCGUCGAUCGCGAGCGAGCUGCGCGGUGCCAAUAGACUGGUCACUUUCAAGUCCUACAGCGACGUGCAGCUCACCGGACGAGGACCAUCCCCGAAACCCGACUCCUCUCGGCAAAUCCAGGGUAACAGGCCAGCGGACAUCCCUGAGAUCCUAUGGUUCGAAGAGGAGAACGAGCUGAUCCGCAGCUGCGGCGUUCUGUCGUCGGCGUUGGGAUUACGUAAGAGCUUCAGUACGAGCGACGUGUCGCAGCUUCCCAGCCCGGACGCAUCUGGACCCGGGGGUGGUCUUCGAACGGCAGUGUCCGCCUUGGCUCUCGACACCGCCCAGCGCAACACUCUGCUGCUGGAGCACGCGAGACUCGACCACGCUUCAAGAUCGUGCAGCACCUGGGUCGCGGUGGGCGAACCCGUUGCCAGCACGUCUCAGCUACCCAGUCCGCACGGUGGAACCGCGCAAGAGCCACAGCCGCAGCCACAGCAACCGCAGCCACAGCAGCAACAGCAACCGCAGCAGCAGCAGUCGCAGCUACUGCUGCUGCAACAGCAACCGCAACAAUCCUCCUGUUCGAGCACUCAACCGAUGCCGCAACAACCACCGCCACAACCCCCGGCACCGCCACCACCACCUGUGCCGUUCACCGGAGCGGACCUUGUCCGCUCCGUCAACAAAAAAGUCCGACAGAACUACAUACGACGAAGAUUGCUGACCACGUACCGCGCUUUGGAGCGCCUCUCGCAGAGCGAAUUUAACCUGGACCAGCUGGAGGCGGCGGCUACCGCGGCGCAGACCUCACAUGGAGCCACUUUGCUCGUUCCUGGAACGGCCGCAGGAGUGCCCGGUGCUUCCUUGAUCGGACGGAAGGAGCGGAAUCACGCGUUGACAGUCCGCGACGUCGAGAGGGAACGUGGGAAUCAGUUGUCCAAGUACGAGAGGAACAUGAUGAUCUUUAACUGGCUGCACACUCUCGACGACAGCGCGGUCGUAGACAGCGUCGAAUAAAGGACGAAGAGAAACAACGUUUUCUCCCGACUCCGACAAUGUGCGCGACCUAUUGUGCCUAAGUCUCCCUUUCUCUGCGCAAUACCACUCUAACGAGGACGUUUCAUCGAUACGGACUCCACUAUCGAUACCACUCUUUGUACACAUCUUGGACGAUACCGCGCUAAGGCUGAAGGCUUCUGGUCCCAGGUAUAUCCGAUUGCGUCGUAGGGAGCUAAGGAUUAUGCGGAUUCUUGUCUCGUGCGCGCGCGCGCGCGCGCUGUACAUCGAGACAAACAAUCUUCUUCUUCUCACGCGCCAUCAUCUGUAUUUAACAGGAUAGACUUUAAUUCAACGUGGUAUCUUACAAGGUACAAGACGCAAUUUGUUUCGCACGUGCGAAAAGAGUGGAAGAUUUCUCGAUCUGACCUGAAUAUACAGAGUUCGCGUUUCCACCGCAUAACUUCUCGACGACAGAUUCCCUAAUCCACAUAAGUUGGUAGAAAUAUCGAAAUGUCAUUGUUCCCCUGAUAUCAUUGUUCCAGUUUGAUCGCGGUGAAAAGCCAGGAGCCAUAAGCUGAGAUAACUCUCGCGAGACAUCCGUCCCUUCUCGUCCAGCGAUAUCGGCUAGUGUCGCUUUGUAAUGAGCGUCCAAAGCAUUUUUGUGUAAAGCGGAUUUACCUACUUCGCCGGCUACGCGCGUAGCCUAAGAAAAUACGUACGCUUCAAGAUACAGACUCUUAGGAGCAAACUGAAGAAACUGAGGAAUCACGCGGCCUGGAAUCACCACCGACGCAAUGAUACAUUUGCAUGUGUAUUAUACCUCUCGAACGCUAGCGACAACCUCUGAUUCGUAGGGAUCCUUCAUUCAUAUUAACAAUUGAUUGGCUAAGUUGAGAAAAUGAUGUUUGGAAAUGUUUCUACGAUAUGAUAUUGCAUCAUGAUAUUUUCACCGGAAGAUUUCAUAUGAGUAGAACUCUUCUAGAGCUCAAUAAUCGCAGAUUCGGUUGCCAAGGAGUUUGAUAGUGUAAAUCUAGCCGCUAAUCUUAAUUCUCGAUAAUUGAACAGAUUCAAUAUACAAUUCUGUAAUGAGGCUCGUAUUAAGAAAGCGACAUAUAAACUAAAAAAAGAGCAAAUAUAUAUAUAUAUAUAUAUAUAUAUAUAUAUAUAUAUAUAUAUAUAUAUAUAUAUAUAUAUAUAUCUUAUGUAUUAAGUACUCGGACACAUAUCGAUGAGAAAUUUUUAUUCGAUGUCAAGACAGAAACUGAUGGAUCGAGAGGUAGAGAGUGUUGUUGCUUUCCACGAUCAAAUUUUAAUGUUAAUUGUAGAUGGAAAAAGUGCAAGACAAUGUAAGAGAGAAGAACAGAGCUAGGGAUGCUCUUUAUACUCUUUAUACUCUCGUAUUUUCCUUACAACAUGCAAAUAAUGUUUAUAUCCAGACAGCACAGAUUUCCGCAGGACAUCCUAAAGACAUUCUGAGAACGUCGCCAGGACAUACCCUGAAGACCUUGUACUGUUUGGAUAUGUAGCAGUCUCUUUUUCAUUUCUAUGCUUACGAUGUUCACACAAUAUUUUUUCGAUUUAAUUGGAACUAUCCUCUUAAUACUUUAAUUAAACGCAUUUUACAUGUGCACUUCCUGCCUACAAUUAGCAUUAACGAUACAUGAGUCUUAUGUAAAGAUCAGCGAUGCGAGAUGUAAUCUGAAGAGCUCUACUUGUGAAAUAUAAAUGUGGCGACGAUCUGUUGACGCGCGAUUCAACGUCCCAUAUGAAAAAAAAAAAAAAAAAA